AAAACUCCAAAUGGGAUCAAGAAGAGUUGGACACAAUGGAAUGAAAUUUUACACAUUUCAUCUUUGGAAAUGUCUCUUCACACAGAUAAGAUUGCAUACCGACUGCAGGAUGCUGUCCACCAAGCUCUCCUGCCUCCUGGGGCUGCUGGCCAUGGGGGGCCUUGCCUGGAACAUGCACCCCACCCUGGAACAGAGCUUUGAGGACUUGCCGCCUGUCACCCAGGACCUGAUGGACCAAUUCAAGGCUUUCCAGAUCCAGUAUAACAAGAGCUACCCGGAUCCAGCAGAACGAGAGCGACGCUUUGAGAUCUUUGCCGACAACCUGGCCUGGGCCCAAUGGCUGACAGAGAAGCAUGGGGGCAUGGCCCAGUUCGGGGUGACCCAGUUCAGUGAUCUUACAGAGGAGGAAUUUCACCAGCUCUACCAACCAGCCCAGUCCAGUGGCAAGGAGCCCAGUUUGAAGACAGGAGAGCCCCCAGGACUGCAAAGGCCGCUGAUUCGUUCCUGUGACUGGAGGAAGGCAGGAGUCUUGACUCCUGUGAGAAAGCAGGAAAAAUGCUGCAGCUGUUGGGCCAUUGCUGCCGUGGGCAAUGUCGAGGCCUUGUGGGCCAUCCAUUAUCAGCAGCAUUUUGAGCUCUCUGUACAAGAGGUGCUGGACUGUGUGCGCUGUGGAAAAGGUUGCGAGGGGGGCUACAUUUGGGACGCCUUCAUGACUAUUCUCCAACAAGGAGGCCUGGCCAGAGAGAGGGAUUAUCCCUACCAAGACCAGCUCUCCCCCGAAGGCUGCCAAAAAAAUCAAAACCGAACAGUCUGGAUCCAGGACUUCUUAAUACUGCCCAAGGAGGAGAAUGCCAUGGCUCAGUAUCUGGCACAGAAGGGACCCAUCACUGUGACCAUCAACAAGGCACUCUUAAAGGCCUACAAAAAGGGGGUGAUCAAGCCACAGUUCAAUUGUGACCCCAACCACGUGGACCACUGUGUACUGCUGGUGGGCUUCAGCCAGAGCCCCAAGGAGGGGGCCUACUGGAUCCUAAAGAACUCCUGGGGCAGCGACUGGGGAGAAGAGGGCUACUUCCGGCUGCAGCGGGGGAUGAACGCCUGCGGCAUCACCAAGUACCCAGUCACUGCUCUUGUGGGCAGAGAAGAUGGCCCUGGGCCAUCCUGUCCCCGCUGAGGACCCUCCCCUGCUCCUUCCCAACAGUGUCUGUUCUAGGAGCUGAACCCAAUAAAGCUGUUGGCCUACGA